CAAGCAUCGUGACCCGAGAUAGAGCCAGGUGGGUAAAUCGGCGAAGGGGCAAGGAUUUGCGAUAAUGCAUACCUGUAACUCAAUCGGCGUAGAUUUCGUAAAGACUGCAUUCGUUGGCUUGGCAGCAGCAGCUUAUUUUUCUUCUUCUGUUUUUAUUUAUUCGUAUGUAUUUUAUUUUUCUUAUUUUUCAUUUUUCAUUUUCCUCCCUAGCCCCUUGCCCCCUGUCCUUUUCCUCUUUUCUUCCUUUGUUUUUCCUCCGUCUCUUCCCAAUCCUCGGCAUUGUCAGUAGUUACAGUCACCUAGUACUCUCUCCCCUUGUUCGACUCUCUGCUCUUCUUUGCCCUCCUCUUCUUCCAAAUUGUCUCCGUAUCCUCGUCUCUCUCCACUGCCCAAAUAACACAAGCAAGCUCGGCAUGCCCAAGACG